CAACCUGCAUCCUUUCGGCUAACGGACGUGUCUGGCCGGUCGCAAAGGUGUCCCCGCCCUCCAUCGCCGCCUCCCUUCCCUUGCUGCAGGCCCUCUUCACGAUGAAAGUUUCUCGCCCGAUCUGAGCGCACCGCGAGACUACCAUGCUGCGCCAACAGCCCCUGUACGAGCUGGCUGGCUUCCGGCAGGCGCCCGCCGUCUUGCUCUCCAAGCCAGCGCCCGAGAGGCCCCAGUUCGCUCCAGAGCCGCUCCAGCCGUCACCAGCAAGCACCAAGGGCGGCGGCGGCGGCGGCGCCAAGAGCGAACCGAACCCGGAGCAGCAGCAGCUGCGGCGGAAGAUCAACAGCCGAGAGAGGAAGCGGAUGCAAGACCUGAACCUGGCCAUGGACGCCCUGCGGGAGGUGAUCAUGCCCUACUCUGCCGCCCACUGCCAGAGCUCCCCAGGCCGGAAACUCUCCAAGAUCGCCACGCUGCUCUUAGCCAGGAACUAUAUCCUCUUGCUGGGCAGCUCUUUGCAAGAACUCCGGCGCCUCAUCGGGGAGAUGAGCGGCGCCGGGCCCAGGCUGCUGCUGGCCGGCUUGCCUCUCUUCGCCGCCCCGAGCCCGGUGCUCCUGACGCCGGCGGGGGCCUUGAGCCACCCCCACCCGGACAGCCUGCGCUCGGCCGGCAAAUACCUCUCCCUGUCGCUGGAGGAGCAGCAGCAGCAGCAGUGCGGCCAAGUCCACCUGCCCGGCGGGGCCAGCCUCUGCCCCUGCGCCCUGUGCAAGUUCCCCCACUGCCUCCCCGCCGGACCGGCGCAGUUCUCCAAGUGACCGCCCCGGGCCGGGGAGGCAGACGAGGAGCC